CAUCACUACUCCAAAGAAAUUUUGCAGCGAGCUGUUCAUAACCUUACAUCAAAAUGGCUCCUCCUGUAAAGCGUCGCAAGACCGCUCAUAAAAUUGAGGAGAUCAAUUUUGACGACUCCUCUCGCCAGGAGUUUCUCACAGGAUUUCGCAAGCGAAAAUUGCAACGGGCGAAGCAUGCACAAGAAUCAGCAUUGAAAAAGGCAAAAGAGGAGAAGCGACUUGAUCGCCAAAGGAUGCGCGAACAACGGAAAGCGGAGUUUGAACAGGCACUCGAGGAACACCGCAAACAGCUCAAACUAUUGAACCGGGACAGUGACGACGACAGCGACGACAGUGACUCUGGAAAUGCAAGCGCUGAUGGUGAUGGAGGAGAAGAAUGGCAGGGCUUUUCGGAACCUCCAGCAGUGGACUACGAAGCCGAAUACAUUGACGAGGACAAAUACACCACGGUAACCGUUGAGGAGAUGGACCCGUCCAAGGAGGCACUGUACAAAUCGGAAAUGAUGGAAAAUUCUGAAGAGGAGGGAAAGAAACAAACAACAGCUCCAUCUGAGAAGAAGCAAGCAACUCGGAAUCAUAAAAACAAAGUCUCCAAGCUUGACAAACAAAAGAAGAAGAAGAAGAAAUUCCGAUACGAAAGCAAAGAGGAUCGCAAAGCCACCCGCAUGAAGGAAAAGAUGUCUAGCAGGAGGAAGGCCCAAGCACGACGGGAACGAUGAUACCCUUACCCUGAUAUAUGGACAUAGUAAAUAUAAUUAUCUCUCUCAAAU